UUUAAUAAUCGUAAUGUCGUAAUGUAUUUGCAUUUGCUGUAUGAUACCAUUGGUAUUCAUAUAAUUCACUUUUUUUUCGUGUACAAAUAUAUCCAGUAAGAUAAAAACAUCCGAAGGUUUGAAUGCGACUCAAUUGAUGUCAUUGACUUUCUGAGCCACCAGGCGCCCCCUGGAGCGCCCCCUGGAGGAGGUAAACAUCGUACGACACAGAAAUGAGCUGUACGCACAGACGUCUAUGGUCCAUCAUCAGCGGAGCUCUGAGAUGUUCAGUGGUGUCGGGUGACCGAACAGCGUCAUACAGAGCACCUGUUUGUGUGGAUCACGACGUGCCAAACCCGUUAUGUAUACUGAAACCUCGCGAAAACAGCAGAAACACAUCUUCAAGGGCAUAAUAGUCUGAUCUGGGUCAAUUCAGAAUAAUGGCAGCUCAGAAAAAUAAACACGGACUCCUGGCUAUCAAAGAGUUAGAGAAUAUUCUGGACACAUGUAAACUUGAUCUGAAUCCAGUCGACGAGGUCUGGCCGAACUUGUACAUCGGAAACUUGGCCAUUGCUCAAAAUAGAAAUGCUUUGAUGAAAAUGGGUAUCACUCAUGUCUUAAAUGCUGCCCAUUCCAAGCAAGGCAGCAUUGGGGACCAGAGUUAUUACGGCAAUACAAUUGUGUAUUAUGGCAUCCCAGCAGAAGACUCUUCAUCAUUUGAUCUUAGUGUGUACUUUAAAUUGGCGGCUGAUUUCAUCCACAAAGCCUUGAGGAAGAAGAACGGAAAAGUGCUUGUUCAUUGCAUCAUGGGAAUGAGUCGGUCUGCCACUCUGGUUCUAGCAUACCUUAUGCUGCGUCAGCGUCUUACUCUCCCUACUGCCAUCCAAACAGUUGUACUGCGACGAGCAGUCUAUCCUAACAGGAACUUUUUGAGCCUUCUCCUGGAUUUAGACAUUCAGCUACAUAGAAAGCGAAUGCUGUGUCCUAUUCUCUGACAGAAAAACACAUAUGUCAUGAACACAGAUACACAUGCAUUUAUUUUAUAUAACUAAAGGGUGAGGAAGUAUGUUUACAUUAUUUAUGA